AUGUGUGUGCUGGAGAAGAAGAUGACUAAGGAAAAUGUCAGCGGAGUUGGUGGAAGGUUUGAGUGGGUGGAUAGUCAGUUUGUGCGUGCUCUUCAAUCAGGCGACUGGCUGCUUAUUGACAAUGUUAACUUCUGCAGCCCCUCUGUCUUAGACCGCUUGAAUGCCCUACUGGAGCCUAAUGGGGUUCUCAGCAUCAAUGAAAGGGGGGUAUUAGAUGGGGAGGUCCCCACCAUUGUCCCACACCCAGAUUUCAGAUUGAUUCUUGCCAUGGAUCCCAAGCAUGGGGAGAUUUCCAGAGCUAUGAGGAACAGAGGGGUGGAGAUAUACAUUCUUGGAGAGGAGGAAGGGGCCUGUUAUGAUGACCAUGACAUCAAGACCAUGCUUCACGGUCUAGGCCUGGUGGGUAGAGUGCCCUGUGAUACCCUCAUGUCCAUCCAUACAGAGAUUAAAGAGAACACGUCCAGUUUUGACAGGCCAUCCAUCCUGAGUGUCCUGCAGGCAGCCUCACUGACUGUACAGAAUAUGGAGAGAGGGGUGGACCUGCAGGGGAGCCUGCUGUUGGCAUGUACUGAUGUGUAUGUCAGGUGUCAGAAGAACUUUGAAGAUAGACAGAGAGCCAGAGAUCUUAUUUCUGCUCAUGUCAUUGCCCUUGAUUUGCUAAAGAUAGAGCAAAGGGAGCAACGGUCAGCUCUGCUAGAGGCAGGAGUUUGGCCUAAUCAGGUGAUGGAUUCACUCAUCUGCUGCCAAGAUGCUACCAUGGCGAUGGUGCUGAGGGAUGGGGCUGUCUUGGCUAGCAUACUCAACCAUAUUUCAACUGCCACUGUUCAGUUUAGAAAAGACACACCAUUGGCAUUCAGUGAGCUUGUCACAUCAAGCCAGCCCCUUGCUGUAAGCCACCAAGAGAGCCUUCCUCUCCUGAGACCUGCCAUACAAGUGUUCUUGGAACUUUCAUCACAGAAUGACUGGAAGAUGAGAUUAGAUUGGCUGCAGUGGUUUAUGGCCAAUCGGUUUCCAAGUGGGAAAACAAAAGGAAGCGAACUUGGAAUUGCAGCCCAUUUGCUGGAGAUUGCUGCCAAGGGAAUCCAUGCUCUUCACACUCACCCAUUAUCUGAUGUAUUGAGGAAACAGCUGACAGAGCUGUUUAGGGUGCAAAAAGAAUUGGAAGCGUUAAGUGGUGACCAGCCCCUGGACCUGAGAUGGAACGGACAGCUGGUCCACAAGUUGUGCAUGGCCCAGGGCAGAAAAGAACAGAUACAUCAUUUCUCACAAUUUCUACAGACGCUGAAUUCCCAGUGGAAUAAAUUGUAUGUCCUUUGUCACCUAGCACAACAGCAGGUUCUGGAUUAUGACGAUGUCACAAGGGUUCCAUCACAGAAAGCAGUCUGCCCACUCCAGAUAUCUCUAGCUGUAUUUAAUGGAAGGCAAGAUGCUAACUCUGUCCCCCACCCUGUGCUAUUACAUUUAGCACCAUUCCUGAAUGUGUUAGAUGAGAUGUUGAAGCAGCUGAUUGCUUCUCUGACACAAUUGACUGAUGACCACUUCCAAAAGGUUUGGGUUUCAUUGUUGUGGCACUCACGUUUCAUCCAAGCUUGCAAAAUGAGUUACAAGAAGAUGGAUACCAUGUUGGCUCAGCUGUCGUUACAUUGGGGAUGGCUAUGUGAGAAAACACUGUUUCAGUUGUUUGGACAAAACAAUAUUCCAGCAGAAUUAAAGGCUGUGACAGGAAGGCUAGAUGACAUCCUAAGCAUGGACAACCAGGCCAGCAAAGUCCAGCAGAAGAUCAGAAGGCAAGAUGCUAACUCUGUCCCCCACCCUGUGCUAUUACAUUUAGCACCAUUCCUGAAUGUGUUAGAUGAGAUGUUGAAGCAGCUGAUUGCUUCUCUGACACAAUUGACUGAUGACCACUUCCAAAAGGUUUGGGUUUCAUUGUUGUGGCACUCACGUUUCAUCCAAGCUUGCAAAAUGAGUUACAAGAAGAUGGAUACCAUGUUGGCUCAGCUGUCGUUACAUUGGGGAUGGCUAUGUGAGAAAACACUGUUUCAGUUGUUUGGACAAAACAAUAUUCCAGCAGAAUUAAAGGCUGUGACAGGAAGGCUAGAUGACAUCCUAAGCAUGGACAACCAGGCCAGCAAAGUCCAGCAGAAGAUCAGUAAGGUCUUUGGCUGCCCUAGACCUUUUAAAUCUGAAGAAGCAGCAAGGGCUGUGUUGUCUGUGGAGGCCAUAAGCAGAGCACUCAGUUUAAACACAGGAGUGCAACUUGGAGAUGUUGGAGAAAAAGAGAAGAGGAUUGCCUGUUAUCUGUGCCAGUAUGGAGAACCUGUGAGGCAUAAGUUGGUGCAGCUGAUGUCUGAUCUUUAUUGCCAAUCCGAGGAUGCUGAUUUGGAAACUUUCAAUAAAGCCAUUGCAGAGCUGGAAGUGGAAUUGACAAAGCACAGUUUAUAUACUCCACACUCCAGCUCUAUGGAAUUGGACACACCGCUGGAACCAUUGGCAUUCAAAGCUGACAGUCUUCUCACCAAGAUAGCAAUGUGGCCAGUGUGUUUGUAUUUUGAACUCCUACAGGAGCAGAAGAUAUUGUUAAAUUUGACCACUGGAGGGAACAAAGGAGAAAUACAAACCUUCAUAGAAUAUUGCCUGACAUUUUUACCAGCGGAAGCCAACCAUAUUGCACCAUAUGCCCUGUUUCUACGUGAAGGCCAAAAGGAUGACUUGUUCUUGGAAUUAAGAAGUCAAAUGUGUCUGCAGUUGAUGAAGCAAAAGAUGACCAGUUUUGAUCACAUGGUACAGAGGUUGAUACAGAUGUCAGGGGCUGGAGCUGAUAUUGAAGAGACAGAAAUUAGACAGGUGGUCCACGGAAGCUCAUGUGUUCCAUCAUUGAGCCUCUCUGUCUUCAGACUGGUGUUAGGGGAUGACCUGGGCCAUUCAGGGGCCAGUGGAACCGAGAUGUCGGCCAUAUUGAUUCCUGCCACUGCUGGGCAGUCUCAGGAGAAAGUGGCCCAACUGAGGUUACUUUCCAGACAGCUGUGGGUACAUGCAGCAAAUGUAGCCACAGAGGACUGGGACAGAGGUUGUCUUGAUAACAAGUGUUUGACCUCAUCACUGAAGAUGAUUCUAAAGUGUCUGACUUCUCUGUCAUCUGGUGAUCACCACAGUUAUCUUGAAGAUGCCAUUUUUGAAGUUUUCAAGGAUGACAUCAAAGAAAUAAACAAGGAAGCAGCAUUGUCUGUAAUCAAGGACCUGAAUGCACAACAAGUUUUGCCAGACUCAGUCUUGAAGUUGGUGGAAGAUCUUACCAAAAGAUUUGUUGUAGAGAAGGAGAGACGUGUCCAUGCCAAAGAAUCAUAUCUUAUGCAGGAUUGUGGCAAUGCCGUUUAUACUGCUGUCACACAAUUCAUGGACUCAGAUGAAGAGUUUUCCUGUUCUUGUACUCUGGCUUAUGUUGGCUUGUUACAAGUUUUUCUAUUGGCUCCCCAGGGACCUGUAGAUCCCAUAGAAAAGCAAGCCAUUAAGUUACGGUACAUAGGAGAAGAGCUUGAUGAAAUUGGCGCUGAGGUGAGGGUGAGAAAGUGGAACCAUGAACUGCAGACCGGCUUAUCAUGGGAUGUGAAAUCAGUAGCACACCAACAUCCCAGGUUAAGAUAUCUGGCUGAGAGAGGAGACUUACUGAGGAACAAGGCAGAUAAAUUAAGAGAGAGGAUUGCCACAAGACCUACUCCUUCACAGUUCCCAGUCCUGCUCCAAGAUGUCAGGCAAUUUCUACAAAGUGUCUGCUCAGUAGAGAAGGUCACCUCCAUGUUGAACAAGCUUCAGGUCUGCUGGAGCAGCACACAGUCUUCCGACAAGGAACUGCAAGAAAUGAAAAGAUGUCUGAGGGAAGUGGGAGCUUGGCAAGCCACUGCCUGGCACUUUGUGCAUAGGAUGGAGGAGCAGUAUCCAUUGUACAGGGACCUACUGGGACCCUUCCUAGCGGGAGUAGCUCAGGUGGUAUGUGGCCUGAGGAGGAUGUGUGACAUGGUUGACAUGAAAGAGAAUAGACUGACAUUGCUCCCAAAACUGGACUGGAGGACACCGUACUUAGAAAAUCUUAUUCUAAGCCUCUGUAGAUUCCCAUUCAUCACUGAACACUUUCCAAGUUCACUCCAUGUGGCCCAGCAUCUCCUGAAAGACAUAAACAUGGCUGUAGUACAGACACUGUCAAAUAGGUCAACUGAUGAUAAAUCUGCUUCUAAUCUUAGUCUCCAGGCUAACUUACUGAAGUGCUGUUUGCUACAUCUUCAAAACUAUGCCCUGGUGUCUGGACAGUUGGACAGCAAAGUACUGUACACACUGUCCAAGGUUCUCCAUCAUUUUGUAACAUCAUGGAGAGAAGCGGAAGAGAGAAAGAAACAGAAGGAACUGGAAGAAGCAAGUCUUUACAGGUAUAAGCCCACAUCUCAUGGUGAUGAACUGACAGAGGAAGAAAGAGAAGAACUGGACUUUAAGCAGUCAUUCCCUCAGUUUGAUAAGGAUUUUGAAGACGUCAGUAUUGGGUUCACCCUGGAAAGUAAACUGGAGCCGGAAACAUCCCAGCAGCCAUCUGAUGAAGCUGACAGCACAGGUGUGACUGACACAACUCUCACUGAGCAGGAAAUGGCUGAAAUCUGCAGACUACAUAGUUAUUUGUUCUCCACUCUCACCACUACUGACUGGUUACCUGACCGUCGUAAAGAUGCUAGGAAAAGUGUGAAUUAUGUGGAUGCCAUGUUGCCUGGUUAUAGAGCAGCUAAGGAUCUGUGUUGUAGUAGCAGCAAAGCCUUGGAUGGCAGUAUUGACCAGAAUCUCAUUGGAGCACAUUUACUUGCCAGUGGUCAUCUUCAAACCACAAUUAAGGGUGAUUCUGUCAUGGAAGCAGACCCACUAUUGAGCAGGGCUGACAAACCGUAUGAUAUCUAUCACGACUCUAAUGUCCCAGAGGUUAUCCAGUGCAGGCCUGUACUAGAGAGGUUUACUGCUGGAGUUAAAGCACUGCUGAAGGACUGGCCUGACCAUCCAACACUGAAACAGAUCCUGCUGGUCAUAGACCGCCUACUGUCCUUCCCUGUCACCAGUGCUCUGAUGAAGUUUGUAACUGGACUGGAAGUUUUGGUGCAGAAAGCACAGGAGUGGGAGUCCAAUGCAGCCCGCCAUGUUUCGCUGAUAAGCCAUAUUGAAGAGGUCACAGCUCUUGUCAUACAAUGGAGGAAACUGGAGUUGAAAUGUUGGAGUUCUUGCCUGCAUACAGUGAUGUGGAAAGUAGAGGAGAAGACAUCAAGAUGGUGGUUUCACAUUUACCAGCUUAUUGAAGCCUUCCUGAGUCCUGAUGAAGAGAAACAAAGCACAGAAGAUGGAUGUGAGUUUCAAAAGUCACUGCAGCAGUUCCUGGAAUCAGGCAUUCUUGGAGAUUACAAGGCCAGGUUGAACCUGUUGUAUGCCUUCCACUGCCAGGUUGCUAACAUGGACAGAACUCCUCAGCAAGAGCUUGUGUUAAAUCUGCUGUGGAAUGUAUACCAGUAUUACUCUCAAUUCUUGCCUAAUGUGGAAAGACAUCUGGCUCAGCUCAGGGCUCCUAUUGAGAGAGACCUCAAGGGUUUUGUUAAGAUUGCUAGAUGGAAUGACAGCAACUUUUGGGCAAUGAAGCAGGCAGCAGAGAAGACCNAUCAGCAUUCUCAAUUUCAACAAGUUGGCUGUAUUUUGGUUUUUCAGUAUUCCAGCAGAAUUAAAGGCUGUGACAGGAAGGCUAGAUGA